AAAUUCGAGAAAAUACACUUGAGUUAUGGGUAAUCGAUUUUGUUUUUUUCCGAAAUGCUUAUUAAAAGAGAUCUAUAAACUACUAUUUUUGAAACUGAAAAUCAGUAAAGCGCAUUCAAAAUAGAACAUGCUGCACAAUUUUUUCGAUCUCAAAUUCGAAGAAAUUUUAGAAAUUGUCGAAUAUAUUGACCAAAUCUAACUGAAAAUAAUUAAGCAAUUUGUCUACUGGUUUUUCGAAUUGAAAUUAUUUUAAUCGGAAGUACCUGAAAAUAUUAUUUAACAACCAUAACUGCAUUAUGAGAUAUUGAAUAGUCUUUACCCUUUCUAUCCGGACAUAUUAAACAGAUAAGAAAGGGUAAAUAUUAGAUAAGAAAGCGUACUGUCAGAAAUGGUGUUCUACAGAAGAAUCAAACGACAACAAAUUGUGACAAUUAUUUUUGUCAUACUUUUUGUGUACAUAUAUAAAGUAAAUUAUGACAACAAUUCACCAAAUAUAAUUGACACCAAAGCAAAUGAACAUUACCCUCAGGGAUCAUUCGAUGAUGUAACAUAUAUCAGACGGGAUUGUGGAGAACUUUGUGAAACAGUUGCUAUAGGGGAACCCGGACCUUUUUUUGAUCAAAUAUCUGUCCCAAUUAAUUGUGAAGCACUCUUUAAAAAUGAACACAUAGAUCGUGGCCACGGCUUGUCUAUUCCUCCAAAAACAAUACCUAAACAUUUGCAUAUGGAUUUUACGAUGAACAACAAACUAAAUGUAUCAUCAUGGUAUUUUAAUGAAGCAUAUUUGAGCAAGACGGCCAAAAUGGCAGUAUGGACAGAAAAUGUAAUACAGGAUUAUAUUUCUCUGGCAAAAGAUAACAAGCUAGAAGGAACGUAUGGAGUAUCAGAAACAAAUGCUUUACGAGAUGGUUUAAAGCAUGCGCAUGGCAUUAUAAAUGGUCGAGUUUUGAUUAUUGGUUCCGAAAUUCCCUGGGUAGAAGCAUGCGCUUUGGAAGCAGGAGCACGUGAGGUUGUUACGUUAGAAUAUGGUAAAAUUGUUUCAAAACACCCUCAAAUAAAAACAAUGAUUCCCGAUGAAUUUCGAAAAAGUUACUUAAACAAAACUUUAGGGAGUUUUGAUGCUAUUGUUACUUUUAGUUCAAUUGAACAUUCUGGAUUGGGCAGGUAUGGCGACGGACUUAAUCCAUGGGGAGACAUUAUUGCCGUUGCCAGGGGAUGGUGUGUUACCAAAGAAGGAGGAUCGUUAACGAUUGGGGUUCCAUAUAGUAUUGAAAAGGAUUAUAUCAAAUUCAAUGCCGGUAGAUGGUAUGGGAAGAUAAGAUAUCCAUAUUUGACAACAAAUUGGAAACAACAUUAUCAAGGCCAUGGACGACAUCGUGUGCAUGUUUUUACUAAAAGCAAUGUAAAUUUUACAAAAACGGUUAAGAAUUACCUGAAAGAACCCCAUCAGUAUUUUCUUGUAAAUAACACUGAUACCCACUACUCGCAAGCACAUCAGGAUGAAACUGUGUAUACAAUUUUCCCGAGAGAACAAGGAUUUUUUGUUGAAAUGGGAGCAUAUAACGGUCAAUUAUUUUCAAAUACUUUGUGGUUAGAAAGAAAACAUAGAUGGACUGGACUGUUAAUAGAAGCUAACCCCGACUUGUGUCGUGAAAUAGAUGCAUUGAAACGGCAUGCCUGGCGUCUGUGUGCUUGUAUAUCAGAUACAUUUAGACAAACUGAUUUUUUUCAAGGCGGUGCUGUAGGUGGCAUGGCACCAGGAAUGGAUAGUGACCAUCUGAAAAUGAUACGAAAUAAACGAACAAUUUCAGUACCUUGUUUUAAUAUGGUUCAAGUUACAGGUCAGAUAGGUGUGCAUCAUAUCAAUUACUUUUCGUUGGACGUUGAAGGAUCAGAAAUGGUUAUUUUGGAGUCCAUAAGAAUCGAACUGAUUACCGGAAAAAUAGUGGUAGAUAUAUGGUCAAUUGAAUACAGGGUUUACGAUGGAAAGAAAAACAUUGUAAACAAGUCGUUCGCAAAUUUACAGAAUAUACGACAUUUUUUUGAAAAUGUUGGAGGUUAUGUGGAACAUUCUCAGUUAAAUAAUGAAAAGGAUGACAGAGACGGUAUGGCAUUGGAUGUUGUGUUUGUUCAUACUAAAUCCUGGUGUAAAAUGUAUAAAACGUUUCCGAACGGCACAAUGUGCUCAGUAUAAAUAAAGAAAAUGCAGUUUUUAGAAGCAUGUAUAAUAAGGCAUUUUAACCACAAGGAAACAAUUUUUCUGUUUGUUCAUGAGGGAUUAACAGUAAAUUGAUGUUAGAAAAUGAGCCAAAAGUUAUUUUUUAAAACAUCCUAUACAGGUUAAAUGAUUUGGUCCAUUAAGGGUAAAUUUAUUAAAAAUAUUCAAAACUGAACUAUUUCUGGAAACAUAAGAAUGAUCUUUCCUUUACAGCUUUAUCCGUAGCAUGCGUCAGGUAUGAUACAUAUAAUGCAUAUUUUAAGAUUUAUCUUGUCGUAUAGCAUCUCGAGGUGAUUCUGACACCCUAAUAUAUGGUAAACGACAAGGAAAACCAUAAAAUAUGCAUUAUCUGACUUUUAUUACUUGAACAAAUAUUAUUUGCAGAAAAUUGUAUUCCAUUUUGCCGAUCAUUUAAGUGGGAUAUUUCUGGUGCGUUUAAGUAUAACCCCGUCCAACUCAAUUAUAAGGUCAAAUACUGUAAUUGCAUGAAUCAAGAAACAUGGUGUAUGAAAAAUACGUCAUUUGGUGUGUAUUUUGUUAUAUUUACUUUAUAAAAGGGGGUGUUAUGUGUAAUAUCUGCUUUCAUGACAUUUUUGCAGCGGAAAAGCAGAUUAGGUUUUUCAUCAAUUGAAAAAAAGAAUUUAUUCAGAGUAUUUAUUUUCUCUCGUUUGCUUGGCAAUACAUUAUUUUUUAAAAAAAAAGAAUCAGAAUAAAAUAUUAUUCCCCUCCCCUACCAUUUUAUUACUAUCUAAUUCCCAUAAAAAAAUGAGAAACUUAGGUUAUUUGAACGUGUAAAACGCACAUUUAAAUGUAAAAAUUAAGAACUAGCACGACGAGAACAUAACAUCGUAAUGUACAUGUAACUAGACAAAAAAACUGACCUCCAUAAGUCAUAGGACGAUUUCCGUUAAGGUGUGAAUCAACAAGAAUUUAUACUUUUGUUUUUCAAUAAAAACAACACAUUGUUGUGGUAAACUUUAGCUUAUUUUUAAAAUGUUGUGAUAAGUGUUGCAUUAUUAACCUUAUUUCUCUUAAUGUUCCUUAUUGUAGCGAUACAUUAACAGAACUUCACAUUAUGUGCGCUGAAAGUUAAACUGCGUUUACACAGGUUUUCCUCUGCAAUUAUUCAGGGCAUAAAAAGGAGGAAAAGAUUGAUUCUACCUUAAACCUUUAAGAAUAUUGUAAAGUCAGAUAAUUGUACAGAAAACACUUGGUAGCGUCAGGAUUUUUAUUCCAAAGAAAGACCUGUCAUUCUGAAAAGAAAUAAUCCCAUAUAGGUAUAUAAUACAAAUAUUAUUAUUUCA